AUGGCGGAGGAUGCGGAGUGGGUGCUGGACAGUGUGCUGGCUUUUUUGAAGUGGCCGCUGUGGACGGGGCCGCUCACCGACUUUAUAGAACAGAAAUGCUCAGUUUUUGAUGAUGAUGAUGAAGAAAAUAAGUUAUCAUACACAGAGAUACACAAUGAGUAUAAAGAACUGGUAGAGAAGCUGAUACAAGAGCAUCUGAAUGAAAUGGGGAUCAGUGAGGAGCAAUUUCAAGAGGCAUGCACAGCACCAUUCGCUCAUUCUCCAGAAGUUAAGAGUAUGUUGCAACCUGUUUUCGCCAUAGAAGAUUUUGUAACUUUUAAAGAAAUGAUGCUACAGAAGAAUAUCGAACUACAGUUGCAAGCUAUUCAAAUAAUUCAGAAAAGAAAUGGUGUACUUCCUGAAUGUUUGCAGAAUGGUACAGAUAUUAUUUCUGGCCUUGAACAACAAGAGAUGAAACUGCUAUCUGAAGCAUUAAGAAUAUCAAGAGAGGAAUAUGAGCUUGAACAGUUGCACAGAAAGGUAGGUAAAGUCUUAAAUGAAAUAAUUAAUAAAUGA